AUGUCUGCGCAAACCCCAGACACUAUUCUGGAUAUAGAGAACAACUCGGUUGCACUCCAACCGCAGAAGCGUCUAAUGACGUUUGUGCUAUCGAAGAAGGUACCUCCAUUACCCUCCGAUGAGGAAAGAAAAUUCUAUCCACAGAGCUCUGCAAACAUAAUAUCGAAGAUAUUUUUCGGUUGGGUCACCCCAAUAAUGAAUGUAGGGUACAAGAGAACAUUGGAGCCGGAUGAUUUAUACAAAUUGACCGAUGACAUCAAAGUUGACCAGAUGACCGAGGUAUUCUACGGGCAUUUGAGAAAGUUAGUGCAUAGCAGCGAAGAGAAACACAUUGCUUUGAAGAGAAAGGAAGCUGGAGAUCAAAGUGAAAGAACCGAUGAGUCGGAUGCUGCAUACAUGGAGAGCUAUGAACUCCCCAAAACACUCACAAUCAAGGCAUUGUUCUAUACAUUUAAAUGGCAGUUUUUGACUUCCUGUCUUUUCUUGUGUCUUUCCAAUAUUGGUAACACAUGUAAUCCUUUACUUGUGAAGAAAUUGAUUCAAUUCGUGGAAGAUAGAACGUUGGGGCUUGAAACCUCUGUAGGAAAGGGUAUUGGAUACUCUUUUGGUACUGCAUUGUUAAUCAUCACCGGUGGUAUGCUUUUAAACCACUUCUUUUACAGAUCUACAUUAACCGGAGCUCAAGCCAAGGCUGUUUUGACCAAGGCUAUGCUCGACAAAUCAUUCAAGUUGAGUAAUGAAUCAAAGCAUAAAUACCCAAGUUCCAAGAUCACAUCCAUGAUGGGUACCGAUUUGUCGAGAAUUGAUUUUGCAAUUGGGUUCCAACCAUUUCUUUAUGUAUUCCCAAUCCCAAUUGGUAUUGCUAUUGCAAUCUUAGUGGUAAAUAUUGGUGUUUCCUCAUUGGUUGGUAUUGGUGUCAUGUUGUUCUUCUUGGUGUUGAUUGCAUUUUCCACUAAGAAAUUGUUCGGAUACAGAUUCACAGCAAACAAAUUCACUGAUAAGAGAGUGAACUAUAUCAAGGAGGUAUUAAACAACUUGAGAGUUAUAAAAUUUUACAGUUGGGAACCACCAUAUUUUGAUAUGAUUUCUGAUGCUAGGCGUGAAGAGAUGAAGAUCUUAUAUAAGAUGAACAUUUUGAGAAAUUUUGUUACAGCGUUUGCCAUGUCUUUAUCUCUUAUGUCUUCCAUGAUUGCAUUUUUAGUGUUGUAUGCACUUAGAAAUAACAGCAGCAGUCCUGCAAGUGUCUUCUCUUCCUUGUCUUUGUUUAAUGGGUUGACCCAACAGGUGUUUUUGAUUCCUAUGGCAUUAUCUUCAGGAAGUGACGCAUUUAUUGGUAUGUCCAGAGUAGGGGAAUUCUUAUAUGCCUCCGAAAUAGAUGAAGCUUCGGCUUCAAUUGAAGCAAAGGAAGAUUUAGCUGAAGUUAUGGAUAAAGACAACAUUGCAAUUGAUGUCAAUAAUGCAACUUUCAAUUGGGAAAUAUUUGAAACUGAAGAAGAGGUUGAUCCAAAGGAAGCUGCUGCAGAUAAAAAGGCAUCAAAGAAAGCGAAGAAAGAAAAUAAAAAGCAACUGGAAAGAGAAACAUCUGCUGAAGCUGAAGAAAAGCAAGCCAAGUCAUUGGACGAGAAAAUGGAUUCUGAAUUACAAUCUUCGACAGAUGCGCAGUCAUCUCUAGAUGACACUUCCUUUCCAGGUCUUAAGGAUAUUAGUCUUUCUAUCAAGAAGGGAGAAUUUAUUGUUAUAACUGGGCUCAUUGGAACUGGUAAAUCAUCUCUCUUGAAUGCAUUAAGUGGUUUUAUGAAUAGAGAUUCAGGAUCUAUCAAUGUUAAUGGUAAUCUUUUGAUGUGUGGACAACCAUGGGUGCAGAAUGCUACUUUUAAAGAAAAUAUUUUGUUUGGAACUGACUACAUUGAAGAAAAGUAUAACGAAGUAGUAUAUGCUUGUUCCUUAGAAAGCGAUUUACAGAUCUUGCCAGCUGGUGAAAGAACGGAAAUUGGAGAAAGAGGUAUUACCUUGUCAGGAGGUCAAAAGGCUAGAAUCAAUUUAGCCAGAGCAGUGUAUGCUAAUCCAGAUAUUAUUCUCUUAGAUGACGUAUUGAGUGCCGUCGAUGCCAGAGUUGGUAAACAUAUUAUGAAUCAAUGUAUCUUGGGAUUAUUAAAGGAUAAGACUAGAAUCUUAGCAACCCAUCAACUUUCAUUGAUUGGUUCUGCUGAUAGGGUAAUCUUCUUAAAUGGAGAUGGUACGAUUUCUAUUGAUACAUUUGAUUCAUUACAGAAAAAUAACGAAGGUUUCAAGAAAUUGAUGACUUUUAGUACUCAAGCCGAAGAGGAGGAAGAAAAGGAAGAAGUAAUUGACGACGAAUUAGACCUUGAAAAAGAGAAUAUUGAACGUCAAUUGACAAGAAGAAAGACUCAAAUUGACGAAGAAGCUGAAAAGAGGGAUUACAAAUCCAAUAAAGAACAUGAAAAGGGAUCUCUUUUUGAAAGUGAAGAAAAAGCUGUUAAUGGUAUCGAAUUUGGUGUUUAUAAGAACUUUGUCAAAUAUGGUUCCGGUAUUUUUAAGCACUAUUCUAUUGUUCCUAUUAUCUUACUUUCCACAGCAUGUGCCACAUUUUGCCAGAUUUUUGCAAAUACUUGGUUGUCUUUUUGGAUCUCAGAUAAAUUUCCUGGCAGAUCAGAUGGCUUUUACAUUGGUCUUUACGUCAUGUUUGUUAUAAUGGCUUUCGUGAUGUUGUCAUUUGAAUUUUCGUUAUUGGCAUACAUGUGUAAUAGAUCUUCCGUGAAGUUAAAUUUUAUGGCUGUUUCUAAAUUGUUGAAAGCACCAAUGAGUUUCAUGGAUACUACACCAAUGGGUCGUAUCAUUAAUAGGUUCACAAAGGAUACUGAUGUGGUUGAUAACGAAGUUGGUGAUCAAAUUAGAUUUUUUUUCUUUUCGUUUUCACAAAUUUGCGGUGUUAUCAUUUUAUGUAUCAUAUAUUUACCAUGGUUUGCAAUCGCCGUUCCUGUUUUGGGAUUUGUGUUUGUUGCGGUCGCAGGCUACUACCAGGCUACUACUAGAGAAAUCAAAAGAUUGGAAGCCGUUCAAAGAUCUUUUGUUUAUAACAAUUUUAAUGAAACUUUAGGAGGUAUGGCAACCAUUAAGGCAUACAAGGCGAAGAAUAGAUUCUUGCAGAAAAACAGUUACUUCCUUGAUAGAACCAACGAAGCAUACUAUUUAACACUUGCCAACCAACGUUGGCUUGGUAUUCAUUUGGAUCUUAUUGCAUGUGUAUUUGCCAUUAUUGUUGCGUUACUUUGUGUGAAUGGAGUCUUCAAAAUUGGAGCAGCAUCUGUAGGUUUGCUUUUAUCCUAUGUUUUGCAGAUCGUUCAACAAUUAGGUAUGCUUAUAAGAACUUAUACCCAAUUAGAAAAUGAAAUGAAUUCAGUUGAAAGAAUUUCACAAUAUGCAUUCCAUUUACCUGAAGAGGCUGCUUUCGAUAUUGAAGAGACAAGACCACCAAGAGAAUGGCCAUUGAACGGGUCAAUUGAAUUUGACAACGUUAACUUGGCAUAUAGACCAGGUUUACCUUUAGUGUUGAAGAACUUAACCUUCAAAGUUAACUCAGCCGAAAAAAUCGGAAUUUGUGGUAGGACUGGUGCUGGUAAAUCUUCUAUUAUGACUGCAUUAUAUAGAUUAAGUGAAUUAUCUGAAGGUAGAGUCUUGAUUGAUGAUAUCGAGAUAGGAACCUUAGGUUUACACCAGUUAAGAUCCAAACUUUCUAUCAUCCCACAAGAUCCUGUUUUGUUCCAAGGUUCCAUAAGGAAAAACUUGGAUCCCUUCGGACAAAGCACUGAUGAAAAAUUAUGGGAUGCAUUAAGAAAGUGUGGAUUAAUCGGAAACGACAAGAUCCAACAAGUUAUGCAUCAACAUAAAGAUGAUGAAAACUUGCAUAAAUUUCACCUUGAGCAAAAUGUUGAAGACGAGGGUGUCAAUUUUUCAUUGGGUGAAAAGCAAUUAAUUGCAUUCGCCAGAGCCUUAGUCAGAGAGCUGAAGAUUUUGAUUCUUGACGAAGCAACAUCUUCUGUUGAUUAUGAAACUGAUAGUAAGAUUCAAAAGACCAUCGCCAAUGAGUUUAGUCACUGUACCAUUUUAUGUAUCGCACAUAGAUUGAAGACUAUUUUGUCAUACGACAAGGUUUUGGUUUUAGAUAAAGGUGAAUUGAGAGAGUUUGACACUCCAUGGAACUUGUUCAACACUCAAGAUGGAAUUUUCCAACAAAUGUGUGAAAAGAGUAACAUUGUUGCUGAAGAUUUUGAAAAUAGUAGUAAAUAG